UUUCUUUUUUGCUUUCCCGUACGCCAUAGAUAGGCAGCGCAAUUAAAACCCAGUUUGGUUCAAUUCGUCGUUGUUGGCCGACCGACAGUAGCGAGUGACGACUUGGACAACCGAAAGAGGGACCGGGCGGGCGGAGAGGUGGAGUUUGGUCGGCUGAGGAGGGAGGAGGGAAAAAAAGAGUGCAGAAGGAAAGGAGGCGAACCCCAACGGGGCGAGACGGGGCGGGGGGAAGAAAGAGCAACGGAGCAGGAACCAAGCGGGAGCUUGUAGUGGAUGAAUUUGGCCAUUUUUUUUUUAAAGACAAAACUAAAGUUUCUCCCCAAGUGUUGGCGGCGAAGAGGACGACGAGAACAAAAUGAUUACGCCCUACUUCGUGGACAAUUUCUGGGGUGACAAGAACAAUGGCUUUGACGUGCUCUAUCACAACAUGAAACAUGGACAGAUUUCCUCCAAGGAGCUGACCGACUUCAUCAGGGAGAGGAGUGUCAUCGAAGAGGCGUACGCCAGGUCCAUGACCAAGCUCGCCAAAACGGCAGGGAACUUUUCGCAGCUGGGGACAUUUGCUCCGGUGUGGGAGCUGUUCAAGGGCUCCACGGAGAAGCUGGCCAUGUGCCACAUGGAGCUGGUGCGCAAGCUGCAGGAGCUCAUCAAAGAUGUACACAAGUACGUGGACGAGCAGGCCAAAGCACACAAGAAGACAAAAGAAGAGGUUGCGUCCACCUUGGAGGCCGUCCAGAACAUCCAGAGCACCGGGCAGGCCCUGCAGAAGUCCAAGGAGAACUACAACACCAAAACAGUGGAGCAGGAGCGCCUCCGCAAAGAAGGCGCCACCCAGAGGGACGUGGACAAGGCGGGGAUAAAAGCCAAAAAAGCCACAGAGACCUACAAGUCGUAUGUGGAGAAAUACGCCUACGCCAAGUCUGACUUUGAACUCAAAAUGAAGGAAACAGCUCAGAAAUUCCAGGACAUUGAAGAAAGCCACGUCCUCCACAUGAAGGACAUCAUCCAGUCAUACUCGCAGUCUGUGGACGAAACGCACGUCCAGAUCGGGGAGGUUCAUAAUGAAUUUGUGAGAAACGUGGAGAACACCUCAGUGGAGAGCUUAAUACAGAAACUGGCUGAAAGCAAAGGAACUGGCAAGGAGAGACCAGGGCCCAUUGAGUUUGAGGAGUGCAACGCUGCCAUCGCUACCGAAGGUGCCAAACCCAGGAGGAGAAAGCCGUUUGGCAUCCCGGGGCGCCGGAAAGACAAAGACGCAGACUCCACGGAAUCGACGGAGGCAGAAAGUAACGCCGCCAACGGCGCUCCCCCCGGAUACUACGGGGCCAUAGACAUUCAGAACGCUAAUGUUCCUCGAGUCGAUGACGAGGGCUUCUGCAUCCGGCCGGAAUCCAUCGGGAAUGAUGCCAAAGAGAAUUCCUUCUACUCGUCCAGCGACUCAGAGGAUGAGGAGGAGCCACGCAAGUUCCACGUGGAGAUCAAGCCCGUGCAAGCCAACAACGGCACGGACCAGAACCGGGCCACCAUCGACGAGCUCAAGGCCUCCAUCGGCAACAUUGUCCUGUCGCCAUCUACCUCGGGUCAAAUGCGGAGGAACCAAUCCAGUGACGAGCUAGCCAAAGCGCGAGUGCCGGCUUCAUACGAACUGAGCAACAAUGACCUCCUGUCCUUGGAUCCGCUCGGCCCUUUUCUGACCGCAGCUUCCUCCCAACCCGUGGCCACGUCCGCAGACCUUGCCUGUAUUGUCCUCUCUUCUCCAUCUUUUCUGACGCGAGAGUCACAAGCCACGGCAGCUUUGGCAGAAACGGCGCCCGAGUGCUCGCCCCCUUUGGCCGAACGGUCCAAAGACGUCUCGUCGUUCUCGUCAUCCACGUCGUCGCCGUGGGACUCGCCGGAGGCGCCUUUCCAAACGACCCGCCCGCCACCCGCCCGGGCGCACAGCGCCCCCAUCAGGUUGCCGCCUGAAGCGGACGCCGGCGGCGCAUCAGGCGACGGCGCCGCCGACGCCCUGUCCUCCGUGUCGUGGGCCCAAAGCCAGUGGAUCGCCUUCGGGGACAAGAAGGCUCCCGGGUGGCGGGCGCCCGGGAGGGCUAGCCGCUUUCUGUCGGACGACUCGGCCGACGCCUACGGAAAAGCCGUCAGAGGGUUUUCCGACACGUUCUUGGGCUCGAGCGAAGGGGCCGCGCAAAUACUGCCGGCUCCCAACCGUCCGACAACCCCUCUGACGUCGGGCGCGCUGGUGCCGCCGCCCCGACCCUCCUCCAGACCCAAACUCCCCACGGGAAAACUCGGCGGCAUCAAUGAAAUUGCGAGACCUUUUAGUCCGCCCAAGGCGCCCGGCGCCAGCCCGCCCCCCGCCGCGCCACUGGCCCGCGCCGAGAGCUCGUCGUCGCUGUCAUCCAACGCCUCGCUCAGCGCCGCAAACACUCCCACUGUCGGCCCCAAUGUUCCCGUGUCGGAAGUCUCAUCUUCUCCUUCGUCUUGUUUUUCUUCUUUCUUCCCUUUUAGUCAAAAAGACGACAUGUUUGUCUCCAAGCUGCCCACCUUUGAGAGGCGAUGUGAAACACCAGCAGGUACGUCCCGCGGUCCCAGCCCUGUGACGCUGGCGUCCCAGGAUGCGUUGCCCAUCGCUGUGGCCUUCACCGAGUCUGUCAAUGCCUACUUCAAAGGCGCCGACCCCACCAAGUGCAUCGUGAAGAUCACGGGCGACAUGACGCUGUCGUUCCCCUCGGGCAUCAUCAAGGUGUUCACGGGCAACCCCUCGCCCGCCGUCCUCACCUUCAAGUUGAAGAACACCGGCCGGCUGGAACAGAUCCUCCCCAACCAGCAGCUCCUCUUCAGCGAUCCGUCUCAGGGCGACUCGGAGUCCAGGGACUUCUGGUUCAACAUGCAAGCGCUGACCGCCUACCUCAGGAAAAUCUCCGAGCAAAACCCCGCCGCCUCCUACUACAACGUGGACAUCCUCAAGUACCAGGUGCAGUCGGACGGUAUCCGCUCCACACCGCUCAACCUGGCCGUGUACUGGAAGUGCACCCCGGGCUCCACUGACCUGCGUGUGGACUACCGCUACAACCCGGACGCCAUGACCACGCCGGGGCCGCUCGGCAACCCGCAGAUCCUGGUGCCUGUGGACGGAGGCGUCACUAGCAUGCAGUCGCUGCCCGUCGCCCUCUGGAACGCAGAGCAGAAUAAAUGUCUUUGGAAGCUGAGCGACAUCUCGGAAAAGUCUGAGAACGAAGGCGCCGGCUCCCUGCGGGCCAAAUUUGAGCUGUCCAAUGGGCCGUCCAACCCGUCCACGCUGGCGGUGCAAUUCAUGAGUGAGGGCAGUACGCUGUCGGGCGUUGACAUGGAGCUGCAGGGCAGCGGCUACAGGCUAUCGCUCAGCAAGAAGAGGUUCGCCACAGGUCGCUAUAUGGCAGAUUUCUGAGACUGUUCUCAGAAAAAAAAAAAUGGCCUUAUCUUGCUUUAAACAUAAGUUGCCCAGGACCCCCUGCCGCCGGUGGGAAUCACUACAAUAAAGCAGCACUGAGUACUGAACACUGUUGAAUGGAGAAGAAAUUAAAGCAACACCAAGGUGAGCUUUGGGGGGCGGGAGGGCAUGUGUAGCGUAUUUUCAGGCUCUUUAUACUCCAGCAUUUUCUUGAGCUCAUCGCUGUAUGUUUGAAAUCAAAAAAAAAAAAAAGGAAGAUGGGAGAAAAAAAAACAUGUGCACUAACAAUCUUUCCAGGCACUCUUCUUUUCUCUGACCGUAACGCCGCACACUGUGUAAAUAUUAACAGCUAAAAAAAAAAUCUUUAAAAGAGUAUUUUGUUGCUCUUUAAACGUGCAAUGAUGGGCGCGUUGUCUCGUAGCACAAAAAAAGAGAAGGCAGAAAAAAAAGGACCCCAGUGCCUCCUUGUAAAACUUUUUGAAACGCGCAUUUGGGUUUCAGGGCUCUUUUGAAAUGUUUUUGGAAACAACUGUAAAGGCGUUGCAAUGCUUUAAGAAACUAACUUGUAGCCUUUCAACAAAACUUGAAGAUUGUUUGGGGGGUUUUGUUUUCCUUCAACAUUUUGUGCCCCAUCAGCCUGAACGAUAGCGUCACUUGUUAGGAUACGGAAAGGACGUCUUCCGGAAAAAAGGAAAAUUGCCGAUCGGAGGCGUUUUCUCCAGCCUUACGGUCCCGGUGUCUCGUCGUCUUUAUAUUUUGUCGAGCGCUAGCUUUGUCUAACUUAGACACACACA